AUGAGACUUCCACAAAGUUCGAUACUGUCUCAGCUAAACGCACUUGUAGCGUUAGCUGCGUUAAUUCUGUUUAUUGUGGCAUUCGCGACAAAUUACUGGUUGGAGAAGUACUUCUUGUUUCCCAUCAACGUUGCAGAUAUUGCAACUAUUCCGGUCAACGUGAAUAUGGGUCUUUUCACGGCCUGCAGGCUGGAACAUUAUCGCAACAAUCAUACCACUGAAACCUGCUCUCCUGAAGGGGCUGCUGUGUGGCAAAAAAUCUCAGCCGGUCUGAAUGUAGCAGCACUGGUGUUUGCCUUUGUCGGCACGUUGGUGGCAUUCCUAGCUGUCACUCUAGAGAAACUGGCUAAUGGACUGAGGGCUAAGUUGGGAAUUAUAGUGUGCUAUGUUUUAACAUGUGGCUUUUCUGUGGGUCCUUUAGUCAUGUUCCCCAUCAAUCGAAGAAUCCAAGUGAAGCCCAACAUGAGUCCCUUUCAGGUGGACUUCGACUUAGGUUGGUCCUAUACUGUGGCGGUUGUCAGUACCGGCAUCUUCGCGGUACUUGUGUUGCUGAACACUAUUGACAUUGUAUGGUUGCCCAAUGGUAAUGGCGAAAACAAAAGUGAAGAUCGGCAUGUGCUGAGAGCUGAUGUGUACAGUGUCUCCACUGGGUCUAGUUAA